AAAUGGCGCAAUAAAGACAAUACAUAACUGCUGUCAGCGCUCACGCACGUAAUAUUACACAUCUCAUUGGUUGGCCCUUCCGGAUCACUAACAGCACCAACAAGUCCAACGAUUUCAAAAGGAACGAAUAAGUUUUACAAAUUGAAAUACAAAUAAGUUGGGACGUUUUAUUGUAUAUCGUAAGUUUUUAUUACAUAUUAGGUGGGCAAAUUUUGGUAAAUCAACUUAUAUGGCCUUGGGCAAAUUCUAAUAUACAGCCUUGGGUAAAUCCCUUCAUGCAUUAUUACAACCAGAACAGAUGUGAUCAUGGGAAAUGUGACCGCCACCCUGCUAGCAUGAAGUUUGGAGCAGAUUCACUGUGGUGUUCAGUGCUGCAGCCAGCCGGUGCUGAUUUCCAGCCUGGUGAUAGUAGUCCAGUUACCUGCCACCAUGGGAAAGCUUCAUGUGGAAACCCCUGCUAUUUCAUCACCUUCACUCACAAAGCUAUGUGGACGAGAGGUCUACUUGAAAUUGGAAAACCUUCAGCCCUCUGGCUCAUUCAAACUGAGGGGCAUUGGGCACCUCUGUGAGGAGGCGCGCGCUGCCGGCUGCACCGAGGUGGUGUCCUCGUCGGGCGGUAACGCGGGACUGGCGGCGGCGUAUGCGGCGCGCAGCCUGCAGAUGAGCUGCACAGUGUUCACCCCGCGCUCGACGCCCGCCAUGGUGGUGGACAAAUUGAGGGCCGAGGGCGCCGACGUACAGAUUGUGGGUAAGAACUGGAACGAGGCAAACGAGGUGGCGGUGGAGCGUGCCAAGCGGCCCGGCUGCUGCUUCGUGCACCCCUACGAGCACCCCACCACCUGGACGGGCCACUCGACUCUGGUGACGGAGCUGCAGCGCCAGCUGCCGGAGAGGCCGGCCGCCGUGCUGCUCUCAGUCGGAGGCGGCGGCCUGGCCAACGGCGUCAUCGAGGGACUUCACAGAGUCGGCUGGGACGACGUACCGGUGGUAGCGGCCGAGACGGAGGGCGCCGACUGCUUCAGCAAGGCGCUCGAAGCCGGAAAACCCGUUUCACUCCCCGACAUCACCAGCCUGGCCAAGUCUCUGGGCGCGCUGCAGGUGUCCUCCCGCCUGUUCGAGUCCGCACAGACCCGGCCCGUGUUCAGUGUGGUCGUGUCCGACCGUCAGGCGGUCGAGGCGUGCACCCGGCUCGCAGAGGACCACCGUCUGCUGGUGGAGCCGGCGUGCGGCGCCGCGCUGGCCCCGCUCUACUAUGGCCUGCUGCCGGCAGAGGUAGCCGCGCGGCCCGGGCCGCUGGCCGUGGUGGUCUGCGGCGGCAGCGGAGUCACGCCGCAGAUGCUGAUCCAGUGGCAGCAAAUGACGGCUGCCUGAGGUUCCUCCUUAGCCUAGCGGCAGAGGAUGACGACCGUCUGAGGUUGGUCUUAUCCCAGCGGCCGCAGGUGACUGCCGUCUGAGGUUCUUCCUUAGCCCAGCGGCCGCAGGUGACUGCCGUCUAACCUGAGCCCAGCAGCAGCGACUGCUGCCUGAGGAGCUUCUUGAAAACGUUGGCAGGCAAGGCUGCUGCUGUUGUGGCAGGCUCACCUCCUCAUGCAGGCAGUAGCGCCACUGGCAGUGUGGAAGGAUCCUGUGUUUUCAUGGUUAGUCCGGACGUACCAGUCAGGCUGCGAGGCUGUAGACCAAUUUAUGAAUUUAGUGCGGGUAUAGACACUCUUGAGCGGGUAGAUUAACGAUGAGAAUGGGAUAUCGCCUCUUAGAGUCAUUACAUUCAGGGAAUGUAGUAUUAUUUUGACGGGUUAGACCGUAGACGGGCGGUGGCAUGCAUUGAGACGGUUUACACGAUUGUGAUAGUAUGUGAUUGAUGUGUGUGUUAAUGGGGUUUAGCAGCUGAAUCUAAUUAAUGAUGAUUGUCGGGAAUUACCCUCAUUGAGUUGAAGAUAGGGGGAUUCAGGGUUUGGUUUCAUUGCAGGCAUAUGUGAGUCGGUGUGACAAUAUGCGAUGAUACUCUGUCGUGAUUUUGGAAUGGCCCGGCGCUUAUCCAUGGCCAACUACUUGUUAACUGAAAUGCAGUGAUUCGUGAACACUGAACAGUGAACAUGGACUGCCAUAUUGAUAUUGUGAUCGAUUUGUGAUAUGCAGGGAGGUGCAUUGGAAACUUGAUAAACACAUUGUCUUUGUUCGAAAUCGCCGACAAAUCGUAAAUAAUAUAUGCAUGAAACAAACAUCACGCUCUCAAAA